UUGUAAACUCAUGAUGUAGGAUUAUCUUGCUGAGCUGACGUUAUCUCACUCACUCAGAUGGAGCUACAGAUAACAGGGUAUAACAACAAGUGCUGAAGGUCACUAUUAAUGGAGUAGCACUCGUUGGAGAACACACUCCGUCAUCUUCAGUCUCUCUCCCACACACACAUACAGACACACACGGUGUUUUCUCAGACCACGGUUCUCCAAAGUGCAGGAAUGAAGCUAAAGCUGCCGAACCCAGGUCUGGAGGAGCGAAUCCCCUCCCACACUGAGUUGGAGGAGAUGGAGAAGGUUGAGGCUGGAGACCGUCCUCAGUGGGACAAUAAAGCUCAGUACAUGCUGACCUGUGUGGGGUUCUGUGUGGGACUGGGGAACGUCUGGAGGUUCCCCUACCUGUGUCAGAGCCAUGGUGGAGGAGCCUUCAUGAUUCCAUUCCUCCUGCUGCUGGUCCUGGAGGGAAUUCCUCUCCUACAUCUGGAGUUUGCCAUCGGACAGAGACUGAGGAAGGGAAGCGUCGGAGUUUGGAGGUCCAUCAACCCGUAUUUAUCUGGAGUGGGUAUUGCAUCCAUGCUCGUGUCCUGUAUGGUUGGAAUGUACUACAACACCAUCAUAGCCUGGGUCAUGUGGUACUUCUUCAACUCCUUCCAGGAUCCUCUGCCAUGGAGUCAGUGUCCCAUCAAUGAAAACAGAACAGACGUUGUGUCAGAAUGCGGCCGCAGUUCCUCUGUGGAUUAUUUCUGGUACAGAGAAACUCUGAACAUCUCGACUAACAUCGCAGACUCGGGCGGGUUGCAGUGGUGGAUGGUUCUGUGUCUGAUUGCAGCAUGGACGGUUCUCUGGGUCUGCUGCAUCCGAGGCAUUGAAACCACCGGAAAGGCGGUCUACAUCACAUCCACUCUGCCAUAUGUCGUCCUCACCAUCUUCCUGAUACGAGGUCUGACUCUCAAAGGCUCUGUGGAUGGGAUCAAGUACCUCUUCACUCCAGACUUAAAUGAGUUGGCGAAUCCGACCACGUGGCUGGACGCUGGAGCUCAAGUCUUCUACUCUUUCUCUCUGGCCUUCGGUGGACUGAUCUCCUUCUCCAGCUACAACUCUGUCCAUAACAACUGUGAACAGGAUGCUGUUAUCAUCUCCAUCAUCAACGGCCUCACAUCAGUUUACUCCGCUAUCGUCAUCUACUCCAUCAUCGGCUUCCGAGCCACGGAGAAGUUCGAUGACUGUCUCAGUGGGAACAUCAUGGCCUUGCUGAAUGCGUUCGACCUUCCCAUUGGAAACAUAACUGAGAGUAACUACAAGGAAGCCCUGCAUCAGCUGAACAGCUCAGCACCAUCAGUAAUACAGGAGCUCAAUUUGAAGACUUGUGAUUUGCAGGAUCUCCUCAGUCAGGGAGUAGAAGGUACUGGUCUGGCCUUCAUCGUGUUCACUGAGGCCAUCACCAAGAUGCCCAUUUCUCCUCUGUGGGCAGUGCUGUUCUUCAUCAUGCUCUUCUGUCUCGGACUUUCCACCAUGUUCGGCAGCAUCGAGGGGGUCGUGGUGCCUCUGCAGGACCUGAACAUCUUCCCCAAGAGAUGGCCAAAAGAAGCCCUCACAGGAAUUGUUUGUUUGGUGUCUUUUGGCGUGGCUCUGAUCUUCACACAACGUUCUGGUGAAUACUGGCUGGCUCUGUUCGACGGAUUCGCCGGCUCCAUCCCCUUACUCAUCAUCGCCUUCUGUGAGAUGGUAGCUGUGGCUUACAUCUACGGAAUAGACAAGUUUAAUAAAGACAUCGAGUUCAUGAUCGGACACAAACCCAAUAUCUUCUGGCAGGCCACAUGGAGAAUCAUCAGUCCUCUCAUUGUCCUGGUUAUCUUCAUCUUCUAUCUCAUCUCCACUGCCAGCAGGGAGCUCACCUACAUCACCUGGAACCCUGAAUCGAAAAACUUCCCCAAUUUAGAGGUUCUGCACUACCCUGAGUGGAUCAAUAUCAUCAUCUUCAUCCUUUCUGGAGUUCCUGCUCUGGUUAUUCCGCUAGUUGCUGUUUAUAAAUUCAUCAGGAAGCAUUGCUGUGGCAAAGAUGACAAGCAGACACCGGAGAUUGAAACCGUGUCUGGUCAAAUAGACACAGAAAUGAAGAAAGUGUAGAACAAACGGACCAGAUUUACGUAAUGGGGGCGGGACUACAGCACUGUGGGAGGAGUCAACAUUACAGUACAAAUGAACUGGAACUACAGACACUGUAAUUGUGUCAGAAAUCCGACUUGGAGUCAUGUGUCUCCUGACGUUUAUAAAUGAGUUAUUUUUUUAAUAGAACUGAUUUUAUUAUGUCAUGUUUCUGACCCUUUAAUAAUUAAAGAUUAGAAAGAAACCUCACUUUAACAUUCUUAGAUCCACAGUUAAAGAGUUCCUGGGUCACGAGGGCAGUUCUGUGCAGAUUCCUUCAGGCCCAGGUUUCUCCACAAGGUUUGACCAUACGAUCGCAAGAAGUGAUGGACUACAAGUGGGAUCCCUCUGAAAUUCACUGAUCUGAAAGCACAGGAAAGCUGAAAACCGUUCAAAUGCAGUGAAAUCAGUCUCCAUGUUCAUCUGGUGGACUUUACUGUCCCAUGAGUGUCUGUCAGAAGACCAUCAGUUACCUCCUGAACAUAGCUUAUUCCAUUCAUUACUAAACAUUACACACUAAAUAUCUUUAUGAAACAUAAAGCAAAUACAAACAGUGCGUUAAAACGGAUUUGAAUCAAAAGGGUGUGUGAUGAAUCAGAUCUUAACUUGCCCCUUAAUGAGAUGCUUCAUGUCUGAAGUGGAUCAUGUCCUGGUCUUACACAAUGUGAUGUGUAACCUGUGUCAGUGUUUGUUUACAGUGCUAGAGAUUUCUGCAGAAAUCAGAAUGACCUAAAGCAAUGUGAUGGGAUUGUUGAAGCAUGUUGCUGGGUUUCUUGCAAGCUUCAGGCCUAAAUCUACACACUGACUCAGUCCAAAACAUGGACUGUUUCUGCUCCAGCUAUUCUUUCAUCACUGUUCUGUAGGAUUUGCUGGUAAAAUAGAGAAUUUUUAAUGCCUUCAACAAACAUUUUCCAGUUUGAAAGCUUGCCCCAGUGGUUAGGUUAGUGAACAGAGGGUUAGAAUGUACAGCAAACAAUUUUUAUAUGUAAAUGCACUUCUUUCAUUUUUUCUUGCAGUUUUAGCAGUUAUGAUAUAAAGUGAAUCAUUACACACAGUAAAGAAAUAAUAUGUAUGUUUUGGGGCUGUAAUUAUGGCUCAGUUGAUUGAAUGUGUUAAUGUACAGAAUCUGAGCUCUAAUAAAAAAAAGUCCUUGUGAAGUCGGUCCCCUGGGUCACAGACUGUCCAAUAAAAAUUAAUCUAGUCCUCUGACUUGACUGUAGAAUCAAUGCCCAUGUCCUAGAUCUAAUAAUUUAAUAAUCAUUUUAACUGUUGGGUGUCAAAAAUACACGUUAAAGUGCAGAUACAAUACUCACUUAGUCUAAAUACAGACACACAAUAUUUCCAACAAAUUUCAGGUAUCACCUCCAUGUCUGUUCUACAACACCAGCAUACCCUGGAUCAUGGGUCAACUCCUUCCAGGAUCCAGAAUCCACAUUAUUGUGUUAGAGUCUGAUUUUAUCUUACUGUUCUUUUGUUGUAUAUCUUUUGGCAAAACAUAAUAAGUACAAAGUAAUAAGUAAAAAGUGUCUCUCUCUCUCUCUCUCUUCAAGAUAUCUAAUCAUUAUUGCAGAAUAAAACCAAUAGUCUAACCUUUGCAGAGUAGUGUGAAGUUUAUCAAUAAUGUACUUGCCUUACUCCUGGCUGGCUCACCAAAUUAUUUGAUCAAAGAUUUAGCAGAUUCCCCAAAAGCUGGUGGCAUAAACUUUAUCAAAAACUCUAACCCAAGUGUAACCUGAUGUGGUCUUCUGCUGUUGUAGCUCAUUCACCUCAAGGUUAAAUGUUCUGGGCACAUGCUUUUCUGCUCACCACAGUUGUAAAGACUGAAUAUAUGAGUUACUGUAGACUUCAUGUCAGACCAGUUUGAUCCUUCUCCUCUAAUCUCUCUCAUAAACAAAGUGUUUCCACCUAUUUAAUAAUCUGACUGUGGAAAUCUGCAAUACCUGACUCUGGAUAUGAGUCCACAUGUGAAUUCCCACAUAAUACUGACAUAACACAGAGACUGUGCCGGCUCCAGUGGCAUCCAGAGAUGGACCGGCUCCAGCCGGGUUCUGCUUGUGAGGAUUGGGAUAUUCAAGCAUCACCAUGGACAACAACCUCCUUAUUGAUUUACAUAACACUAUACACAUGCUGUAUCUGCAUCACACAACUGUCACCCAAAAGAGGAUGGGUUCCCUUUUGAGUCUGGUUCCUCUCAAGGUUUCUUCCUCUUACCAUCUAAGGGAGUUUUUCCUUGCCACAGUCACCUCAGGCUUGCUCACUUGGGAUAACAUCUAGGACUGUCUGUCUGUCUGUCUGUUUUCUUAUGUCGU